AUGAGCAUCUCAGCAGCGAGUACUUCAAGACCAGAACACACUGCACCACCCGAACUCUUCUACGGAGAGGUGCAAGCGAAAAAGUAUGCGACCAAUACUCGUGUACUGGAAAUUCAAACCGAAAUGUCUAAAAGAGCUAUUGAGUUAUUGGCUCUUCCUGAGAAUUCAGGACCUUUAUAUUUGUUGGAUAUUGGUUGCGGAAGUGGAAUCAGCGGAAAUUGUUUAUCGGAGGCUGGUCAUGUGUGGGUAGGAAUGGAUAUCAGUGAGCACAUGUUGAAUAUUGCAAAUGAACAAAUGAUGGAGGACCCAUCAAGUACAAACGGAUGUGAUUUGAUUCACGGAGAUAUGGGAAAUGGCCUACCAUUUAGAUUAGGAACUUUUGAUGGAGCUAUUUCAAUUUCUGCUGUUCAGUGGUUGUGUAACGCUGAUAAAAAAUCUCAGGAGCCUAUUAAGAGAUUGCAAAAAUUCUUUGGAACACUUUAUAAAUGUUUGAGAAGAGGAGCUAGAGCUGUUUUUCAAUUUUAUCCAGAAACACCACAACAAACUGAAUUAAUAACUAACAUGGCAAUGAAAGCAGGCUUUGGUGGAGGUCUAGUUGUUGACUAUCCACACAGCAGAAAAAUUAGAAAAUAUUAUUUAGUUUUAUUUGCCGGUAUGCCAAAUGUACCAAAGAGUGAUCUCCCUAAAGGUAAAGAAGACCCUGUAACUCAUCAAAUCAGACAUGAAGGCUCGAGGAAUACAUCCACACAACGAGGUGGAAAAAAUAGAAAGAAUUUGAAAGAAUUUAUAAUAAGGAAGAAGGAACGUGACAGAAAAUUAGGAAAAGAAGUUAGGCCUCCAUCCAAAUACACAGCCAGAAGCAGAGGACCCAAGUUUUAG